GGAGUUGUCUAUCAAGUCUAUCAGAUAAGGUUGGCUCUCCGAAAGUACCGCCCCGGAACAGGCGGGGUUUGUGAAGAUGGCGGCGCCUGGGAAUCUUGCGGUGCUGGAGUCAGACCUGCAAAGUGCCGUGACACUUUUGAAAAACCUUCAGGAUCAAGUGAUGGCUGUAACUGCACAAGUACAAGCUCUGACAAAAAAAGUUCAAGCUAGAGCCUAUCCUACAGAGAAGGGUCUCAGCCUCUUGGAAGUGAAGGACCAGCUACUGCUCAUGUACCUUAUGGAUUUAACCCAUCUCAUCCUGGACAAAGCCUCAGGAGGGUCUCUUCAGGGACAUGCUGCAGUUCUGAGACUGGUAGAGAUCCGCACGGUUUUGGAAAAGCUUCGUCCCUUGGACCAAAAACUGAAGUAUCAGAUUGACAAGCUAGUCAAGACUGCAGUGACAGGCAGCCUCAGUGAGAAUGACCCUCUCCGUUUUAAGCCUCAUCCCAGCAAUAUGAUGAGCAAGUUGAGCUCUGAGGACGAGGAGGAAGAUGAAGCAGAAGGCCAGUCUGAAGCUUCAGGAAAGAAAUCUGUAAAAGGAACAGUUAAGAAAUACGUUCCACCACGCUUGGUUCCAGUACAUUAUGAUGAAACAGAAGCUGAGAGGGAAAAGAAACGCCUAGAACGGGCCAGAAAACGGGCAUUGAGCAGCUCUGUCAUUCGUGAACUUAAGGAGCAGUACUCAGAUGCUCCAGAGGAAAUCCGUGAUGCUCGGCAUCCUCAUGUCACCCGCCAGAGUCAGGAGGAUCAACACAGGAUUAACUAUGAGGAGAGCAUGAUGGUGCGUUUAAGUGUCAGUAAGCGCGAGAAAGGACGACGAAAACGAGCAAGUGUCAUGAAUUCACAACUUCAUUCCCUCACACACUUUAGUGACAUCAGUGCUUUGACAGGAGGAACACCCCAUCUUGAUGAGGACCAGAAUCCUAUUAAGAAGCGUAAGAAGAUACCUAAGAAAAGUCGAAAGAAAACAGGUUUUCGGAGGCGGCGGUGAUGAUGGGUGUACAUAUUUGUAUAUCUGUUGUUAUCCAGGGAUACUUCUAAUUUCACUGUAUGUAGGUUUUGUUUUUUUUUUUUUCCUUGAAAUUCAUUAAUUGUUUGCUCUGGAUAUGUGGAAAGAUCUUUAUUAAUAAAAUUGAUUUUACUUACGAAAUGAA